UUCUCUUUCUUUUCAGACCCUUUUCUAGAGAUCAGUGUUCUGUUCUCACACACACACUCUCUCUCUCUUCAGUGUGGAGUAGAACUAUAAUCAUCCAUGAAGAGUGAGAUGUGUAUGCUAUGGCCCUGCUGAGAAUGGCUCAGCUUAACAAUGCCAACAACAAUAACAACAGUGGGAUCCAACAACAAAUAGUGAACCCUGUGUUCCAUGAUUUUCUAGGCAUGAAGAAGAACCCCAAUGACUCCAAUGUCCUUUUGGCCCCUAAAACCACCCAUCUCCAUGUUAGGCCCCCUUCCCCUUCUUCCACCACCGUGUCCCGUGGCGGUGGCCCCUUCUCAACCACCUCCGACAUUGGUUCCGAAAGACAGGUAGGGAAUCAUCUUGAGGGAGUUCCAUUCUAUGGUCCGAGGAGUGAUUUUUCUGGCGCUGAGAUAGGUAAUAGACUAGUGGGAAACAAGAGAAGUAAUUCUGAUUCCACCUUUAUGGGUUCCUCCAGAGAUGCCUUUCAAAUGGGCCCUGAUUCCCUUCAAAACUCACAUUUGAUGAAGAUACUCCGAAAUGCAGCUGGAGGGGAGCGCCUUAGAAGGUCCAAUGAUGAUGAAGUGUUUCUUGGUAUACAGUCACUGAAGCCAACUUCUGGUUCUCAGAUAUUUCAGCCUCCCUCCAACACUAAGAUUGAUGCCAGUAAAUGGGAGCAAUCUAUUCUCAUGAAUGUUGGCCCUUGCAUGCAGCAUCCACCUCACGGUGCCCAAUUAACACCUUUUGUUCAUCAAAUAACCUCAAACAAAAUGAGGGAUACCAAUGCCGGUCCUUCAUUUAUCUCUCAGUCAGCUGCUGAUGAAGGAUCUAGAACUGGAAUCAAGGGCCCUGGCAUUUUGAGUUCUAUAAACACAACCAAUGCUGCCACUGAGAAAACUUCAUCUGCAGUGCUGCUUGGUGGCAGCCGACCGAAACCUAUGACUAAUAUAGUAGACCCAGAAUCUUCCACAUCUCCAAGUUCACAUGGGUUAACAUCUUCCAGCUGUCAGAUGACUAUUUUUUAUGGUGGUCAAGCUCAUGUGUUUGAUGAUGUCCAGCCUAAUAAGGCAGAUGUUAUUAUGGCUUUAGCUGGGUCAAAUGGUGGAUCUUGGUCCACAACAUUCUCACCCAAAUCUGCUGUAAAGCUAUUUCAUGAUAGUAACUUUCUAAUUGGAGAAAAUGAAACAGUUAUAGCUAGUAACGUGGCACCCCCACAAGAUCUUCAUGGGAGAUUGUCUAUGACCACCAGUUCUAGACAUGCCAUUCGACCAGGUGAUCGAGUAACUACUCCAACAGGGGCACAUCAGGGAAACAUUUUAGCUAAAGAGAUUAGAAAUCCGGUGCAAGCAACAAAUCCCAGCUCUGAAGACAAAAGAGCACAAUGAUAGAGUUUAAGUUUAGAAUGUUUUCUAUUCCUAUAAAUUAGAAUGCUUAACAGCUUUCCCUUAAUCUGAUCUUUCAUUUUAUUUUAUUUUUGGUUAUUUUGUCUCUUUAUUGUGGCGGGUAGGAGUAGGAUAAUUAUUUAAAGAGGCCUAAUGUAUAUU